AUGCCGGCCGUCGAACCCCCCGUCCCGUCUUCAGAACCCGGUCUUGUCAAUAUGGAAGACCGGAAGAGGCCUGCCGCGGACAACAAUGACUCGGCCCCACCAUUAAAGAAACAGGCUACCAGUGUCAACGGUGGUAGCAAGUCCCACCCGGAUGCUGAUAUGCCCUGGAAAGAUGAUUUGGAGGUAAGCUUUUGUUUAAAGUCUGUUCUGCUGCCCAGAUACUUUGUCUGUGGUAUCUUGUUGGACAUCGAUUCCAAAAAAGAAGCGAUCUUGCGUCAGAUGCAAGAGUACAAGCGAGAGAAAUCAUCGUUGGAAACCCGUUUAAGCCAGAUGUCAAAAGCUGCCACGUUUCACAAUGACCAUCUCCGUGUUAUCGAUGCGUGGUUUAAACAGCUGAUUGAUGAAGUGAAAUUACUUCUCGGACCAUCUCAAGCAGAAGGUCAAGAAAAAUCCUUCAAAAGUUCAUUACAGUUUGAAGAUGUUGAAGAAUUCGAGACGCAUUUGAAAUCACGGUCGGAGGAUAUUCGUGCAAUAAUUUCUCAAUUCCAGUCCAAGUCGAAGGAUGCGCCCCCCGAGGUUUCAGAGGUUCAGACCCGCCUUGCAAAGAAACUGGCAGAGGAAAAAGUCACGAUUGCCGAACUCGAAAAAACACUAGCCGAAAAGCAACAGUUAGAAGAAAGCCUCGAGGCUGCAUCAUUGCGGUAUCUAGUGGCGGAAAAGAAACUCGACCGUGCAAAGAGUCUUACUGUUGCGAAGUUAGAAAAACAGCAGUCUAUGGGCAUCCAACGACCUGGAGAAGCAGCACAAUCUAAGCGCGAAGACUCGUCACCCGCAAAUGGUGGAACACCUACCGCAGACCGCAAUCCCGAGUUGGAAGAAGCAAACAACAAACUCUCAGCGAUUUCGAACACACAAAAGGAGCAAAUCCAAAAACUGGAGACCGAAAACGCCGCCCUGCUCGGCCAAAUUACCGAAGUCAAAGUCAAGUCUUCAAAGUUCACCGAUGACGAUUACGCGCAUACGGAUUUGUUCAAACAGCUUCGGUCUCAAUAUGACGAUGUAGUCAAGCGCAUCAACCACUUGGAAGCGACAAAUGUUCAACUUCGCGAGGAAGCAGAGAAAUACCGCUCGGAGAGAACCGCAUACAAGAUCCAGGUGGAGGAUGAAACCCACAGUGAAAUUGCAGAGAAAGAAGCGCAGUUGAUGAGGGCGGAAGCGGAUCUUGCACGGAUACGUAAUGCUCGCGACGAGCUUCUAGCCGACCAACAGAUGAGAAAGGCAGCACAGGAUCAGAAGAAGACAUCUAGUCUGAAACUGCAAGAACUGGCAGAUGCUAGAGAGGCCCGGAUCACAGCCUUAGAGUCGGAAAGUCAACGUUUGCGGCUACAGAUGGAAGGCUCAAAGGCAAACGACAACACUAACGAUAUGCCGCUGGAAGAACUUCGCGCCAAGUACACUAGCUUAGAACGCCAGUACUCUAUGCUCAACACUGAGCUGACAUCGAUGCAAACGGCCUACACGAAAUUCGCCACUCUCGCAUCCCAGAAAGUCACCGACUUCGCGGCUAUGGAGGAGAAGGUUGCACGACUAACAGCGGAGAAGUCCAAAGCAGAUCAAAAGUUCUUCUCUGCAAUGAAAAGCAAGGAUGCCCGGGAUGCAGAAGUUCGCAGUCUCAGGAUGCAAAACUCGACAACAUCCGGAAUUGUGUCCCAGUUGAAGGAAGCCGAGAAAGCCGCCCGGUCAUUGGUAUCCAACAUGGACAAGCAAGCCAGCGAGACCAAGGAAGCACUCAAUGCAGCGAUGAUCAAGCAUCACACCAUUCAACAACAGUUGACCGAGAGCAACAUACUCACCGAGGGCCUGAAAAAGCAGGUAGUCGAGCUCAAGAAUCUUUCGGUUUCCAAGGACUCGACACUGGCAAGCACCAGCUCUGCUUUGCGACAAGCCGAGACAGAGGUGGCCGGUCUGAAACAAUCGCUUGCUGAUACUAAGAAGAGUUUGGACAAUUGGAAAAACAAGAGUCUUGGCAAUUCGUCCUCGGAAUAUGAAAUGUUGCGGACCCUUGCGCUGUGCACAGUAUGCCGUCGAACUUUCAAAGACACGGUGAUCAAAACGUGUGGUCAUGUUUUCUGCAGAGAGUGUGUCGACGAGCGUGUCUCGUCUCGCUCCCGGAAGUGUCCUAACUGCAACAAAUCCUUCGGAAGUAACGACUAUAUGCACAUUACCCUCUGA